GGAUAAGAAGUCCAGGGAAACGGUGGCCUAUCAGGCUUGGAUGCUGGCUUUGAUUACCGAAGCCAAGAAACGGGCGGAUGUAGCAGCCGCAAAGAAGAAGAAGGCAGAGGAUGCCGAGAAGGCACGUCUGUUGGCAAUCGAACAGCAGCGCCAGCAAGACGAGGCAACAACAAAGACUGCCGAUGAAGAACGUAAUCAACGACGCAAGAAGAUAUUCAAUGGAGAGUGGCGAGCCAAGACCGAGAAUGGUAAGAUGGAAGAGAGUGAAAACAAAAUCGCUCUAUACCUCUCUCGUUUCACAGAUCUCCUUGCAACUUGCAUUGCACAGCUGGAGGACAUCCACAGCCUCGACGACGCGGUUCAGACACACAAACGGGCGUUUGAUCAAUUCAAUAGCCGCCUCCAGCAGCUUCAGCAACGACCCGUCACCGCCCUCGAUGCGAAAUCCUCCAACACCUCUGAUCGCCUCAAUGCAUUGGCGAUCGACGUCGGAGCCCUCAAGGACAACGCGCAACUACAGCAAACCGCCACGCAACAACUGGAGCAGCGGAUCUGUGUAGCUGCCGCCAACACGAGUUCGGCACUGCGCAAGACGACUCCAAAGUUCGAUGGUCCAAAGAUCUUCUGCAAUUCGACGAAGAAGGACCCGAUUCCGUGGUUCCGCAAGUUUGAACUCAAGUUGCAGCUACAUCACGUCAGCGAGGACAAGAAAGACGCGUACUUGUACUCCCGAUCGGGGGGCGCUUGCCAAGCAUGGUUGGACAAUCUCUUGUCAAAGUACGGGGUGGUGGCUGCCGACUUGUACACCAAGAUCAGCUAGGAUGAUCUAAAGGUGGCGUGGCAUAAGCGGUUCCAAGUAGAGCUGCCGGAGAUCA